AUGAGUUUUUCGCCCUCAGAUGUGUUUCAAGGAGAAAUAAAAAACAACCUUUUCAUUGCAUUAAUAGGUUCAUUAGCUUAAUAAAAUAAACUUAAUGAUAUAAUUGCUACAAAUCAAUUAAAUCCAGAGAGAUAUUUCGGAGUAUAUUUUUAUGUCUAAGGCUAGCGAAAAAUGAUCAUAGUUGAUGAUUACUUACCAACAUUAAAUGAUUAAAUGAUAUAUGCCAAGCAAGGCAAGAAUUAGUAGAUUUGGGUACCAUUAUUAGAAAAAGCUUGGGCUAAGUUCAAUGGCAAUUAUGAAUUCAUGGAAUAGGCUGAUAACAAUAUCAAUCAGCUAUUUUAGUCUAUUUUAAACAAUAAUGCAACAAUAUUUAGAAAAACAGAUCCUAAUUCAAUAAAUAGCGAUGUCGUUAAACUUAGAAUUAUGUUGUAAAAUUAUCUCGACAAUUAGAUACCAUUUAUUAUUAAAACUGCUUAAAAUACAAACAAUGAUGGCUUGAUUAUAAAUCAAUAUGGAAUACCUUAUGACUCGUAUAAUAAUGUAAUCUCAAUACACUAAAUACUUGAUGUUGAUGGUAACAUACAAUCAAAUAUAUUAAGACUUAGAGAUACUUGUGGUGAUGACUCUUUGAAUUCAGGUCCAUUUCAUGAUAAUGACUUGAAUAAUUGGACACCUGAAAUCUAAGUCUAAGUUCCUUAUGUGAAUGAUUUGACUGAUGGUUAUUUCUUUAUUUUGGAUACAUUGUUAUUAGAAAUAUUAGACUCAGUUAUUGCUCCAACAACAAUACACUAAAAUUUUAGACAGUCAAGACUUGACAUAUUGAAUGAUGAUUCAACUUAUAAGACUAUAAACAUAGAAAUACCUCAAUCUAAUUUAGAGAUAUCUAUUGGUACUCUAAAAUAUGCUAAGUAUUUGUAUCCACCAAGUGAUUAAUGCAGAAAUACCUCAUAAAGAGAAACUGGUAUUAUGAAAUUGUUUAAAGGAGAUACAUUAAUAGAUUGGAAGAAAACUAGUAGCCUUAAUGAGUAUGAUUAUAUGUACUUUAACAAAGUGCUUGCGUAAGGAAGUUACUAACUAUGGGUAAAGAUGAAAUGGUUUGAUACUGAAGUCAAAGAUUACACGAUCUACAUUAAUACGACAACUGAUGUUCUAAUUGCUUAGGUGGCAUACUCAAAUGUCACCAAAUAGAGAGAAGAUUUAAUGAAUAAAUAAUUCAAAGCUUUAGAGAAUCUAAAUUUCUAAACACCUAACAAGUUAUCAUAUAAGAGAACUCUAUUUCAAUUCAAUCAAACAAGUUUCCUAGAUGAUGGAUUCUACUAUCACUUGUUUGACAAUAUACUUAAAUUCAGAGCUGAUUAUAACUUUACAUUCUAAGCAAGCGGCCUUCUGAUGUUAAGUCAAAUACCAGAUUAAUGCCAAAUAUAAAAUGCUUACUCUGAGACUGGGUAAAACACUUACCUAUGCCAGUGUAAAAUUCGACCAAAACUAAACCUCUCUUCUUGCUUGUACUUCUUUAGCAUGAGGGAAAAUGAAAUCAGUUCAUUUAAGCCAACCUUUUUGUAUAAAUACAAACCAAAUUGA